GCACGUUUCGCAGGGGACCGCUGGCGUCUUCAUCCCCUCGAGAUUGCUAAUUCACACACACGCGAGGUGGAGGUGGUGGCCCUGUCGAUCAACCGAGCGCCAGUAGGGACAGGACAGGGCAGGGGGAGGAAUCUUUUCAAGCGCUACCAUGUCCCGGUCCGCCCCUGGGCGGUGCUAAGCACCAGCCCCAGGCGGAGGCGGUGUAGCUCAGAAGGCUCAGGUGUGUCCUCGGAAGCGGUAGAGUGAGGGCACUUUGGCCGGCCGCCGCGUACCUAGCUCGAGCUAUGCUGCCCGCUGCUGUCCGAAGAUGGCUGCAUAGACCCAAGCGUUCCGACCCCAGAUUACUAUCACAGUUUUUCUAUGCUGAUGAGCGAGUGACUCAAGUGGUAACGGAGAUCAACUGCCUGGAUGUAGAGACAGAUCCUCAACAAUACCUGGUACUACUAAAUCAAUUGCACCUUAGUCAGGCUGAACUGCUGGCCAUCAUAGAGCGGAUCAUGGACGAGUGCAUCCCUAAGGAACGUCAUGGCCGUGACUACGUCAUCAAAUUCCCUGAAGAUCUUCUGGUGGACAAUCUUCGGAACCACAUGCUGUUUGCUGCUGAGUGUCUGAUGGCACGCACCUAUAUUGAUGUGGAUGAGGCAGAUGGGGUACGGCUGCGACCUCUGGCCAAGGAUCUGCUGUGUAGCUUAGAGCUGGUGCGAACGGUACUCCGGGAACAAAGCCUGAAACAACCUGGACCCUAUUCAGAGCCUAUCUGCAGGGCAUUGAUCCGCUUUGAUAUGCUCUUUGCUGAGUUUGAGCUGAGCUAUGUAUCAUCUUUAGUUUCUGUGAAGUCACCUGAAGAGAUCUAUAGGCAGCAGGAGAUUGUUGUGCUCUUUUGUGAAACUGUGGCCAGAGCUCUGAAACUUGGCUACUUGACUCAGGAGAUGAUUGAUGGGUAUGAGCCGCAGCUAAUGUUCACCAUUCCCCGCUUGGCCAUUAUUAGUGGUCUUCUGAUCUACCCUGAUGGACCCCUCAAUUUGGAGCGGAGACCCGAGGAGAUAUCCCGAGUCUUUAGCCCGUUCUACGUCUUGCUUAGAAAAAUUAGGGAGUUGUUACGUGUGCUGUCCAAGGAAGAGCUUUACAUGUUGGAGAAACGCGUGCUGAAUGAGAGCACUACAGAUUUGCCGCCCUUUAGGAAUAUAGAUUCUCCUGAUUUCCAGGGUGCUGCAACUCCACAUGGCUUCCUGUCCGUCCCAAGUAGGCAUCUUGGGCAAGAGUCUAGUAGCACCCAGGUAGGAGUGAUCACACAAGUUCCACAGAGCACUCGUUGGGUGGAAUUGCGAGCCCGUUAUGGCAAUACAGAAGACAUGAUCCAUACAUUGUUUGUCUGUAUCUCUGGAGUGGCAGACCAGCUCCAAACCAACUUUGCAGGUGACUUGCGUGCUAUCCUGAAGACUGUAUUUAAAAUUGUGACAUCCCGGAUGGAGGAACAUGAGGUCACAGACACUGGCCAGAUGGGGCUCUGUGUGGCACCAGCAACUUCUCGCCUGGCAGAUUGUGCUCUCUGCUCCAAUACCAGGGGAGGCACUGGGAGAGAAGAUGAUUUGGUACCACCAGACUGGGUGCCAGACAGCACUUGCAGCCAUUGUAUGGCUUGCCAUGUGCCUUUCACCUUUCUUCGUCGACGGCACCACUGCAGAAGUUGUGGAAAGAUCUUCUGCUCUCGCUGCUCAUCACACUUGGCACCUCUGCCCCACUUCAGGCAACUGAAGCCAGUUCGCGUGUGUACGCACUGCUACACCACCCACUUGCCUUCCACUAGCAAAACUACCAGUUGCUUGUGAUUGGAACUUCAUCAAACACCUUCUGUGCCUGAGGAAAUGCCAAAUACUGGAAGAUAGCAACAGCCUGUGCCACCAGCAGAGGAAUGUGGGAGCAACCACACUUAUUAGGAUGCUCUUGGGUGCUCUCCUAAGGACUUCUGAUGGUCAGGGUUGGGGGGAGAGACGGGAACUCCAGGAUUAUAUAGAUGGGGAUCAACUCUUCACUGUUUACUAUAAAGAACUCCCAGUGGGACUCAUUGCUGAAGCUAGAAAUCACUACAGAAGAUGUUUCGGUAAAUUCUUGUAAAUGCCAGUAAAAACAUGUUUUCCCCAUUACUCUCUCCUUUGAUAGAGUAAAUUGUGGCCCAUGUAGGGAUUGCCUGGUGCUGGUUGCCUGGCUUCCGGGGUUGAUAAUCAUUUGUUGUAUGGAUUUUUGACAAAUCUCUGAAGUUGCAUUACCAGAUUUGGAUGUAUGUGCAAUAAGGGCUUUGUGGAGCCUUUCACUGGAACUGAAAGGCAGGAUCUUGAGUCCAACAACAACCUUGUGGAGAAUAGCCAAGACUUUUGCCCACCAGCUUCUGAUACAGCGAAGGGCUUCAUGAAUCUUCAAAUGCAAUGUAUUUUUCUGUAAAACUUUCCUGUCACACUAUUGUGUGGAUGAUGCUUUGGAAAUCUCUCUGGGAGACUUAUAGCUCCUUUUUGAAACCAGUCUGAGCUGGUUAUUCUCCUGAAUACUUGAAUAAAUGCUGCCUGUUACUGUU